AAUAAAAAAUUGAUAGGAACAUGUCUUGCUCCCGGCGAACAGUGUUGUAAUCUUACAUUUCAUGUCAUACUCAUAGCUUCUAAGGAUUCUCUUCAUUCUGAUGAAGCUCUGCCCCAAAAUCAUACUGCUAAAUGACAGAGUAUAUUGUUCUGCUGCCUGUGAAUCGGAGGAUAACGAGCAUCGAAACUACGAUUCUUACACUACAGAAACUAACUCAUUAAAGGACGAGAUACAAGAUAAAGAGAAACAUAUAAUUAGAUUAAUGAAGAAGGCCAAGGAUUUUGAAGAAGAUGUUUUUGAAUUUGAACAAAGUUUCAUAGAGGAGCAAAAUUCUUUUAAAAACCAAUUGAAAAACCAAAAAAAAAGAAUGUGUACACUACAAAAAGAAAUAGUCGACGCAGAGGAGAAGAACAAAAACCUUCAGAAACAGAUGGACAGUUAUGAACAAAUGACAAAAGACAUGCAAACAGAGAUGACGAAGCUAAAAAAUACUCAUGCCGAUAUGCUGAAAACCAUUAGCGAAUUAGAAGAAAGAACAAAAGAAGACAGGUGUCGAUUGUCGGAGAACACUGAAGGAAAUGCCAACGAUCAACAGAAUAUAUUAGACGAUAGGGAUAAACAGCUGAGGACUGAGGAAAAUGUAUCUUUGUAUGAUGAACUUUUUAAACAAUCCAGGAACAGUGCGAAGACUUCCAAGAAACUGCUCAUUGUGGGCGAUCAAUUGGCCAGAAACUGCGCUAGAGUCUUACAUAAUUCAAUGAAGAGCAUAGGCUAUAUAGUUGAAGGAAUUGUUAAGCCCAACACAGAGGCUGCAAAUAUCACAAGUAAUAUUUUCACUCAAACUAUGGAUCAUGGACAAAGUGACUAUAUUCAGAAGCUGAAGCUUGUGUUCAAUUUGCCAGAAAACACAAUCCAAAUCCGUCCUGAGACAGUGAACUUGAAACUGGCACAUGAAAGAAUGUGA